AUGGCUGCAAAGAAUUUUACGGUUGUUACUGAAUUUAUUCUUUUGGGACUGACAGACAAUGCUGAGCUGAAAGUUAUUCUUUUUGUAUUGUUUCUGGUGAUUUAUGUUAUUACUUUGGUGGGGAGUCUGGGCAUGAUCUUCUUAAUCCAAAUCACCCCCAAGCUCCACACACCCAUGUACUUUUUCCUCAGCUGCCUUUCACUUGUGGAUGCCUGUUAUUCAUCUGUUAUUGCACCAAAAUUGCUGAUCAGCUUCCUAGUUGUGAGGCAAACCAUCUCCUUCUCUGCCUGCAUAGUGCAGCAUUUGUUUUUCGGGGUGUUCAUCACCACAGAAGGCUUCUUGCUGUCCGUAAUGGCUUAUGACCGUAAUGUGGCCAUUGUCAACCCUUUGCCUUACGCUGCAGCCAUGUCUAAGAGGAAGUCUGUGGGACUGGUCACUGGAUCACUCGUUGGUGGAAUGAUCAACUCACUGACCCACACCAUAAGCUUUGGGAGAUUGUCUUUCUGCAGGUCCAAUGUCAUCAGUCACUUCUUCUGUGAUGUCCCUCCACUGCUGAAGUUGUCAUGUUCUGAUACCUCCAUGAACGAGCUAUUGCUCCUAACCUUCUCUGGAGUCAUUGCCUUGGCCACCUUCUCGAUUGUGACCAUUUCCUACACCUUCGUUGCUGUUGCUAUCCUGAGGGUCCGCUCAGCAGCAGGCAGACAGACAGCCUUCUCCACCUGUGCCUCUCACCUGACCACUGUGACCAUAUUCUACAGCACCUUGAGUUUUAAUUACAUUCAGCCAAGUUCCCAGUAUUCUGUAAAACAAGAAAAGGUGGUUUCAGUGUUCUGUAUGCUGGUGAUUCCCGUGUUGAACCCACUGAUUCACAGUCUGAGAAACAAAGAGGUAAAGGGCGCUGUGAGAAGGGCCAUAGGAUAG